AUGCAGCAACUUGCUUGUAAUUACCCUCUGGAAAAGGACGAGGACACACCGGAGGAUAAGAGGCACCUGAAGGCCAAAAGGGAACCACCCCAGGGCGCUCCGGAGAACAGCAGCAAUGCGGGAGUUCCCUGGAAGCUUCCAGCAGCCGGACCUCUCAGCCGCGUGGAGAUCACGGAGCCGCCCGUCCCAAGGGUGCAGCCCCGAGAACCGGGGAAUCGUCUCCACUUUAAUCGGCAAGCUCCAGGCCGAGUUUCCACCUCGCCCACUUUGAGGAGGCCGUUUGGAACCCCAGAGGUGUAUGCGCACCCGCUAUUGCCCUUGAGACCGCGCUUAAGAUUGCCUCCGGACCCUGAAAGGGCCCUCAACGCAACUGACUCGUUUGAGCGACAAAUGUGGCCUAGGGAUGAGGGUGCCCUUUCCGCGCUUCAGCCUCUCUCCGCGUUCUUAGGCCUCCUUUUCCAGGAGAGGACGCCCCCGCAGCACCCAGCGGCGCCCCACGGGCCCCUUGGACCUCAGAGAGAAGAAUUGCAUCAAUCCAGGUUCUACGCGCACAGGAGGAGUUCUGUGGUGCUCAGCUUACCUGGCCUCCAGAUGCUCCCCGGGGACUUUCUGGUGUCAGCUGGAGCUGUUGAUUACCUGUGCCACCCGCUUCUGCUGCUGAAUUCUGAAUCCAAAAAACCAAGAUGGCCUUUCUCCAAGGGAGGAGUGGAUAAGACCUGGAAUGAAGUUGUGGAAACACAUCAAAAACUUCCUACUAAUCAAUUAGACCUGAGAAAGCAGCAAGAGGCCAUGUGGGAACUCUUCACGAGCAAAUGCACUUAUUUCUUGGACCAUUUAUUAGUUCUUAAGAUGAUCUUCAUGAAUACAUUAAAACAUCUAAAAGCUCAUGAAUAUCUCCUGGAUGUGGAUUUAUGGAGACUUUUUGCAAACCUGGAGGAGUUAAGUCAGACAAGCUUCGGUUUUGUGAACAGUCUUUUCAGCAUCAUCAAGGACUAUGUUGACGCUUGCAAGACUUCACCAUUGUUGGAUUUCAUUUCCAUGCUCACAAAGUAUUUCCGAGGAGGACUGCGUCACAGCCACCAGACCUACUGCCUGAAUUACUCAGCUGCUGUCUUUUGUCUUGAGAGCCUGAGGCAGAGAGAUGACUUUGGAAUUUAUAUGAAAUGGUGUGAGCAAAAUGAACAGUGCAGACGGCUUCACCUGCCUGAGCUGCUAGUGGCCCCACUACACAAGCUGACUAGAUACCCGUUGUUGCUGAAGAAUAUCUGGGAAAGGAGUACAGACUCUACUGAGGAAAUCGUGAUCUACUCUAUCAAGGAAAAGGUGGAAAAGUCAAUCCGGGAUCUUGAAGGAAAAGUGAAGUGGCUCAACAGUUUUCAAAAAUGCAGACAUCUGUAGGAGAUUAUAGUGUGACCUCCAUGGUGGGAUAGAGAUAAAAGGUUUUUCAUUUCCAGGGGUACAAAAAGGUGCCUGAAACACGUUGUUAAAGUACACAUGGCAGAAAACAUCCUGUCAUCAACCAACAGACACCUGCUCUGUGAAGGAAAAUUAACUCUUACAGAAAGCACAAGAUUCCUAGAUGUUUAUCUGUUUCUCUUUGAUGAUUUCCUCUUAGUUAUGAAAACUAAGUGCAACAAAAAAAACUUGGACUCAGGCCCUGGUUUGAUGUAUCUUUCACUUACUCCUGAGCUGCAGACAGUAAUAAAAGAGGGUGGUUUGUGCACGGUACUCAGUCAGCCCAUUCUGCUAGAUAGAUGGGUCCUCAGAAACCUCGGUCCACUCCAUAUAUCAGUCUACAGGCUGAGAAAUGCUUUCCUCAUACAACAUGAAAAUUAUCAACAGUGUGUAGCAGCAUUCUUAUUACAAGCCCAAACGGAAAACAUCAAAAAAACAUGGAUGGCACAAAUCACAGCAGCAAUCUCUUGCUUCCCCAAGAGUCAGGAAACCAAGAAAAAAGCCUUAACCACAUUGCCUGCCGAAUCCUCGGAAAUUUAA